CGUAUCGCUUCUUCGUCUUUAAGAGGAAUCGGCAAGCCUCUCAGACCCAUCACAUCGAAGCCUGUCGACCGAUGAAAUAUUCACGAUAUCCUUUUCUGCUUCAAGGUCUCGUGUGAUUCGACGCAUGAUAUGGAGUGGUAUAUCUAUGCCACUGCAGAUUCGACUCUGGGGAAUCCCUGGCCGCUUAAUGUCGAGAAGCUUAAGGCUGUUUUCGGCGUCGCCGAAGAUGUUUCCAGCGUCGCCAAAGAUGCUCGCAGCGUCGCCAUAGGAAGGAAGCCACAAGUCCAAUGGUCACAGACGUCGAAAACGACUUGCUGGAUCAAGCAUGGUCCUGUCCAAGGGAAGUUGGUCUGGAGGAUGAAUAUCGACAGGGUGAUGCAAGGGCAUGCGGGGUGGGUACUGCGUUCUGCGGCGUUACUCUGCGCGGUGCGCAACACCGAGUCUGGUUCAUCAUUGGAUUCGGGCGAGAAUAGGCGCUUGGAAACUACUCGCGAGCGACAAUCAGGCGCCCAGUGGCACAUCGGACCGGAUAAGGACGGGAAGUUGGUACUACUUCCUUACGUGCUAGAGGGCAAUCACUUCACAUUCCCAUGGAGGAGUGUGAUGAGAGUAUACUUGAAUGUUGGAUCAGAUGCGCCAAAACCUUCUAUAUUUAACUCACAAGAUGGUGGUGCAUCAGCCGAGUUUGAAGGCUAUGUACAUGCAAUGGGCCCCAAGCUGAAUGAGUUAUUCUUCAUCCACCCGAGCAUCGGGAAUGACCCAGCGUUGAAUUGGGGCGCCCAAGGCCAGGAUGGGGCCAACAAAGAGGUUGGUGCCUCAUAUGGAGUUAAUGUUGGGCGAAGACCAAGACGUCAAGAGAACGUUGUUAGCCGACGUGGGACCAAGCAUGUCAGAACCGCACAAGCCCUGCAUGAAUGAGCCAAUCUUGGCUGCCAUGCUGGUACGCGCUUCGUUUAUACAGCAAGCAACAAAAAAUUAAAAUCCAACCGAUCGAUCAGAUCUGGAAGAAUUACCCGGAUCAAAAACGGCAGAAAAUAAAUCGUGGUGGCUUACUAGCUUCCUAAACA